AUGGUACGACAUAAGAAAGACGGUGCGUCGUCCAAGUCCAAAAAGUAUUCUACCAGGUCGCGGCAUACCCCUCGCUCAACACGAGAACCUCGAGAAGGAGGCGACGAUGAUGCCGUUCCUGAACGUCCGCCCUUCAAAGCAGCAUGCUGGGACUUCGGUCACUGCGACUCAAAGCGCUGCAGCGGCAAGAGACUCAUGCACUUUGGUAUGAUGCGAGAAUUGCCCGUGGGUCAGAAGUUUCCGGGGGUAGUCAUCUCGCCCAACGCGAAACAGAUUCUAUCACCAGCAGACCGAGAAUUACUUGAGCAGCACGGCGCCGCGGUGGUGGAAUGUUCAUGGGUCAGGUUAGAGGAAGUUCCCUUUUCAAGGAUAGGUGGGAAAUGUGAACGGCUUCUUCCUUAUCUUGUAGCCGCCAAUCCCGUCAAUUAUGGGAGGCCGUGGAGGCUUAACUGUGUCGAAGCACUUGCCGCCUGCUUUUGCAUUUGUGGGCACGACGACUGGGCAGAGAUCAUCUUACAGCAUUUUCCCUACGGGAAGCCGUUUCUCGAAAUUAAUUCCCAGCUCUUCAAGCGAUACGCCGCAUGUCAGAAUGAAGAAGAGAUGAAGAAAGCCGAAGAAAAAUGGCUCGCCAAGCUGGAGAAAGAAUACGCAGACAGUCGACUCAACAAAGAUGCUGCUGGCGGAGAAGAUGACUGGGCUGGUGGGAAUAUGAAUAGGAGAGAGGUUUAUGAGUCCGAUGAAGAAGAUGGCGAGGAAGAUGAAGGCUCGGAUUCCGAUGCAGAUGAUGGGCACGGCAACCUACAGCAAGGCGUACCGUUGGAACUGCCCCCUGAUGACGAAGAUGAUGACGAAGAGGCCGAGAUGGCUGAGAUCCGCCGCAAGAUCCUCGCCUCCAAGCUAUUCACGGAUAAUUUCCCUGCGGAGCCACCAAAGAACGAUAUCCAGCAGUCAGACAAGAACGAAAUCGAUAAGAAUAACUCCAACACGCUACUUCACUCGAAAGAACAGCCACCGCCGCUGGUUGAUUCAGACGCAGAAUCAGGCUCUGCCGAGGACGACUACGACGACUUCGAUCAAAUUGCGAACGCCACGCCAGUGACUGACCGCACGGGAAUAGUGGCCCGUGAGAGACAGAAGAAGCUUGAACAAGCAAGUGCAUCAUUUUCGCGCACAAUGCUCUCGGCACCGAAAAGGUGGUAA